AUCCGCCCCGCCCGCAGUCUCUCCUCCCCUUCCUCUCCGCCGCCCCUCUGCCCCAUAGGUGCUUGGGGACCCACCUUCUACCCGGCUCCCGUCGGCCACCUCUCCCGGCCGGGUCUCGGGCUCCGCGGGUGGCCGGCGCCCCCCGCCGCCCCCCAAGCCCGCUCCCGGGGAGUGGGGGCAGGUGGGCGGGCACUAUUGUUGUCGGAGCCGGCGCCAGAUUCCUCAGCCGCGCUCGGGGUGGGACCGGCAGGGUUUGGGGGGGGGUAAGGUGGGGGGAGCGGUGAUUUGAGCUCGGAGCAGCUGGUCUUCGCGACUCGCUCCCUCCUUCGCGCUCUCGCUCUCCGCCGCCGCCCGCAGGGCUGCGGGGCUCGGUGGCAUCUCCCGGGCGCGGCCCGCUGUCCUCGCCCCUGCCUCCGGGCCGCCCCCGCCCCUGGCGCCGCUCGCUUUCCCCCACCCGGACUCCCCCAUGUAUGACGACUCCUACGUGCCCGGGUUUGAGGACUCGGAGGCGGGUUCAGCUGGCUCCUAUACCAGCCGCCCAUCUCUGGACUCAGACGUAUCCCUGGAGGAGGACCGGGAGAGUGCCCGGCGUGAAGUGGAGAGCCAGGCUCAGCAGCAGCUUGAAAGGGCCAAGCACAAACCUGUGGCGUUUGCUGUGAGGACCAAUGUCAGCUACUGUGGUGUGCUGGAUGAGGAAUGCCCAGUCCAGGGCUCUGGAGUCAACUUUGAGGCCAAAGAUUUCCUGCACAUUAAAGAGAAGUACAGCAAUGACUGGUGGAUCGGGCGGCUAGUGAAAGAGGGUGGGGACAUCGCCUUCAUCCCCAGCCCCCAGCGCCUCGAGAGCAUCCGGCUCAAGCAGGAGCAGAAGGCCAGGAGAUCUGGGAACCCAUCCAGCCUGAGUGACAUUGGCAACCGACGCUCCCCUCCUCCAUCUCUAGCCAAGCAGAAGCAAAAGCAGGCGGAACACAUUCCCCCCUAUGAUGUGGUGCCCUCCAUGCGGCCUGUGGUGCUGGUGGGACCCUCUCUGAAAGGUUAUGAGGUCACAGACAUGAUGCAGAAGGCUCUCUUCGACUUCCUCAAACAUAGGUUUGAUGGCAGAAUCUCCAUCACCCGAGUCACAGCGGACCUCUCACUGGCAAAGCGAUCUGUGCUCAACAAUCCUGGCAAAAGGACCAUCAUUGAGCGUUCCUCUGCCCGCUCCAGCAUUGCUGAAGUGCAGAGUGAGAUCGAGCGCAUAUUCGAGCUGGCCAAGUCCCUGCAGCUAGUAGUGUUGGAUGCUGACACCAUCAACCACCCAGCACAGCUGGCCAAGACCUCACUGGCCCCCAUCAUCGUCUUUGUCAAAGUAUCCUCACCAAAGGUACUCCAGCGUCUCAUCCGCUCCCGGGGGAAGUCACAGAUGAAGCACCUGACUGUACAGAUGAUGGCAUAUGAUAAGCUGGUUCAGUGCCCACCAGAGUCAUUUGAUGUGAUUCUGGAUGAGAACCAGCUGGAGGAUGCCUGUGAGCACCUGGCUGAGUACCUGGAGGUUUACUGGAGGGCCACCCACCACCCAGCCCCCGGCCCUGGACUUCUCGGCCCUCCCAGUACCAUACCUGGACUUCAGGACCAGCAGCUGCUAGGGGAGCGUGGCGAGGAGCACUCACCCCUCGAGCGGGACAGCUUGAUGCCCUCAGAUGAGGCCAGCGAGAGCUCCCGCCAAGCCUGGACAGGAUCUUCGCAGCGCAGCUCCCGCCACCUGGAGGAGGACUAUGCAGAUGCCUAUCAGGACCUGUACCAGCCUCACCGCCAACACACCUCGGGGCUGCCUAGUGCUAACGGGCACGACCCCCAAGACCGGCUCCUGGCGCAGGACUCGGAGCACAACCACAAUGACCGGAACUGGCAGCGCAACCGGCCCUGGCCCAAGGAUAGCUACUGACAGCCUCCUGCUGCCCGACCCUGGCAGGCACAGGCACAGCUAGCUGGGGCACCCGCUCCAGGCAGGUUGGAGUUAGACUGGCAUUAGGCUGGCACUAGGCUCAGCCCCCAAAACCCCCUGCCCAGCCCCAGCUCCAGGGCUGCCUGCAGUCCCGAGGUUCUGGGAGAAGCGCGGGGCCCCCUCACCUCCUGGGCACGGUGACCCCCCCUAGGCUCCCAUUCCAGGUACUAGCUGUGUGUGCUGCACCCCUGGCACCUUCCUCUCCUCCUGCACAAGAAGCUGCCCCUCUGGGCAGUGCCCUCAGGCCAGGAUCCCCUUAGCAGGGGCCUUCCCACCAGACUCAGGGAAGGGAUACCCCCUCAAAGUGACAAGAAGGUGGGGUGUGGGCAGCAUGACAUGAGGAAGAAACAAGGUCCCUGAGCAGCUACUAUCCUAACCCAAGGGACUCAGGGGUUGUGCUUUGGGGUCUGAGAGCCUCCACUCGCCUCACUGCCACACAUUAGAAAUGAGACAAUCAAAGCCCAACAGGGUGGCACUCCAAUCCAUCAGCUGGGGUGGGGCAUCCACACACGAGGCUGGAGCACAAGCAGGCUGGGCCAGGGCCAAAGGCCUCACAGUUGAAGCCCUUGAAGGGAAGGGCUCUCCUCACCUGCCAGGAAGCUUCCUAACAUCUGAAGGUACCAGGACAUGGUCAGGCCAAAUGGCAGACAGGAGCCAACCUGGAUUGGGGCUUUGGGAAGGGAGGGCGUGUGUAGCGGAGAACGUAUGGACAGCUUCAGGGCCUCCUUGCCCCACUCAUUCUUUUGCUCUUGCAUUCUGUCAUCUCUGUUCUUGGCCUUCAUGCUUCCUGGGGGAUAUGGGCCUCAGACUUUAUUCCCUGAUUCAUGGCAGCUGCUUGUUAAUAGGGUUAGGGGGGGAGACAUAGGACCCAGUGGACAGCCCCCAGAGGCCCUGUGUACCCACCUUACGGCUCUAGUGUGUGACCUACAGAGCAUGCUCCACAGGACCCUGCCCCACCUCACCGUCAUCACUAAUAAACACCAUGCACCGUC